CCCUUUUCCCUUCCCGCCCUCGAGCCCUUUCCGCCCGCCGUGCCGGGGCUGGGCAGCGAUGCGGCUGCAGUGCGAGGUGGAGGUGCUCAGCCGCCUCCUGCCCUCCUGCGGGCUGCGGGGCCGGGGCCGUGCCACCAGGGCGCUGCUGUCGCUGGGUCGCCCGCCCGGCGGGGCUGGGGGCGGCUCCGUUUACCUCAUGGUGUGCACGGCCAGGGACCGGGCCGGCUCUCGCUAUAAGGUGCAGGAGAACGUCGAGCGGUGCUUCACCCGCUUCGUGGAGGAGGGCAAAGCCACCCUGCGGCUCCGGGAGCCUGCUGUGGAUAUCUGCCUCAGCAAGGCAAAUGCCAGCAAUUUAAAGAAUUUCCUUUCAGCUGUGAGACUGGCUCACCAAGGGACCAACAUCAGCGCUCUCCCGCUCUCAGCUCUGGUACCAGCGAAGACUUCAGAAGUGGAGAAGCCGAAAACAAAAAUGAUCAUAACUUCAAAAAGAGACUAUCCGCUCACCAAGAACUUCCCUUAUUCCCUCGAGCAUCUCCAGGCCUCGUACUGCAAACUCGCUCGGAUCGACACGCGCGUGCUCUGCUUGAAGAAGCUCCGAAAACUCGACCUGAGCCAUAACCACAUUAAGCAGCUGCCGGCCACCAUCGGUGACCUGGUGUUCCUUCAGGAGCUCAACCUGCACGACAAUCACCUGGAGACCUUCAGCAGUGCCCUGUGCACCUCCACCCUUCAGAAGUCUCUCCAGUGCUUGGACCUCAGCCAAAACAAAAUUAAAGCACUGCCCAUUCAGUUCUGCCAGCUGCGAGAACUUGUUAAUUUGAAGCUGGAUGACAACGAGCUGAUUAGGUUGCCAUUCAAGAUCGGCCAGUUAGAUCAUCUGCGCUUUCUGUCGGCAGCUCGAAACAAACUUCCUUUCUUGCCCAGUGAUUUUAGGAAACUCUGUCUUGAGAGCCUGGAUCUCUUUGGGAACCCUUUUGAGCAGCCUAACCCUCUUGUUCCCAACAUACAGCUGAAAAUACCAUUGACUUUAUUAGAGUGUGCUGCGAGAGCUACCGUAAAUUACAGACUCCCUUACGGUUGCCACCUCCUCCCCUCUCACCUCUGCGAAGACCUGGAGGUGGCCAAGACGUGCCAGUGCGGCGGCGCCUGCCUGAGCAGCUUCAUCCAGAUCACGGUGACCAUGAACCUGCACCACGUGGCUCACACCGUGGUCCUGGUGGACAACAUGGGAGGCACGGAAGCGCCCAUCGUCUGCUAUUUCUGCUCUCUGGACUGCUACUCCGAGUUCCUGGAUGACACCUACCUGCAGGGCAGCUGCGACUACUGACGGGGCAGGGGCUCACCCGGGGGGCUCCAUCCCGUGCUGGGCGCUCCAUCCCGUGCUGGGGCGCUCACUGCUCACCUCCCACCCGGUUCUGAGCUCGCCUCCCAGCCAUUUGGGUGCCACAGGGGUCAGCCUGGUGGGGAGGGAGCAGCUGUGGUGCACCCCGGGAUUUCUGUGCUGGGAAUAAAAAGGUGCUGAGCAUCAACCCUCA